AUGAGAUCUCCAACAAAAACGUGCGAUUCGCAGCCAGAUCUAACCAAACUGUGUGACUCAGAGACUAAACAAACUACAGUGCGUAAGCGUAAACAACCAGAUACGGACUGCAGUUGCGUCAAAAAUAUUACAGAUUUAAAGGGUGAAAUUACAAAGUUAUUGAAUGAAUUUACACAAUCUCAAAAUGCACAUAUGAUUUUAUUGCGCGAGGAUAUUGCUCAGAUUAAAACCCAAAUGGAAAACAUACGAAUCACUACGGAAUAUCUAGUUACAAAACAUAGUAAAAUAUUAGAUGAGAUAAACGAUUUAAAAAAUGAAAAAAACCCUAACUGA